AUGACGAACAGCACCUACACGAGAUUUCGUCCGAAGGUGCUGACCCAACCACUCCACAACAGCAUCCCUUCGCAAUUGCUCUCUCGAUUUGACCCAGUCUACGUAGAGUACUACAAAAAAUACAACGCGGGUCGGCUUCAUACUCAUGAGGUCCCUAUCGAGGACUUCCGACGCAAUCCAGCCAAGUACACCAUCAGCUAUGGUCGCACAAUGGACCGGACAGUACGCAUCUUUGAACCGGCGGCCAUGAGUGACGAAGAUGGCACCGUCCAGAAGAGGGCCGCUUAUAUCAACUUUCACGGCGGUGGCUGGGUUUUUGGGGACCUAUCAAAUGAUCAUGACUUUUGCAAGAGAGUUGUCGAAGAGCUGCAAGGACAGCUGGUGGCUUUUGAUGUCGAGUACAGACUAGCCCGUGAACAUAGAUACCCAGUACCGGUGGAUGAUUGCUGGACAGCAUUGAACUGGGUUCGGUCACACAGAGCUGAAGAUUUCAGCGUCGACCCUGAUCGGUUGGCUGUCGGCGGCAUGUCUGCGAGUGGGCAUUUGGCGGCCGUCAUGGCUCAUCUCUGCCGUGACGCCGGCAUCCCGUUGCGGCUUCAGGUGCUGAAUGUUCCAGUCUGCGAUCUGCACAGUCCAUUCAAGCCAGAUGGCACAUUCUAUCGCAAUGGCUACCGGUAUGAGUCGUACAGAGAGAUGGAGUCCACGGUGGCCCUGCCAGUCGCGCGGAUGACUUACUUCCACAGGCAUUUAUUAGGGAUCCCAAGACCAGCGAUGUCCGAGCAGAGUUGGAGGAUCUCCCCAAUCUUAGCUCCCAAUUUCGGUGGGCUGGCCCCUGCACUGAUCUUCACUGCUGAAAUGGAUCCUCUGCGGGAUGAAGGUGAAGCUUACGCAGCCAAGCUAAAAGAUGCAGGAUGUUCGGUCGAGUUGAUGCAGAUGAAGGGCGUGCCCCAUACUUUCGCUUUAUUGGAUGGAAUCCUGGAGUCGGGUCGAGUGUACAACGAGAGAGUGAUUGAAGAACUCAUAAGAGCCAUUGCAAUGUGAUGGACAGUUAUCCGGUAGAAUGGAUGACAGGCAUCCCAACCAUUGGCGGUGUAGGAGAAAUGCGGAGAGAAUCAGAGGAUCAUGGUUUAUCCGGAGGGUCCGAUUUCCAUACCUUACGCAUUGUUUUGUCAUUUCACACCGUGCAGUGGGACCAAAACAAACUGCCGCCUGUAAUGAUGUUACCGGGCCGGGAGAGCUCGGCAGGCGGUAUCGGAAAAGAAUGGCAUUCAUUAAGGCCUCGUUUUGCCCUUUCGCAUUCAUUCUUCCCCUUCUUCUUCUUCUCUGUGGCCGUCUAUUCCCUUGAAUUUUGGGUAUUCUUGAGC